CCAAGUAUUGACAACGUCAAUUUAAAUUUACAAUUAAAUAAAUUUUAAUGUGUUAAUGUUUGCAAAUCAAUUUGCAUUUCUCUUCUUCUUUACCAUUCUUGGAAAAUGUCUAUCAGAAACAAAUAGCUCAAACGUAAUCUAUGAAGAUUACUAUCCUCGGGUUGUGAACGGCUGGGCGGCCAAGCUCGGCGAUGUCUCGUAUCAGGUUGGGUUCAAAGGGCUCGCCUCUCGAACAAGACAGGUUUACAUGACGUUCUGUGGCGGGACAAUAGUCGCUCCUAACAAAGUCCUCUCAGCUGCCCAUUGCUUCGUACCAGACAUGAGCAUGUGUGUUAAAAUCUUCGUUAGAAUUGGGCAUAUAGAUCGACAAAAAUUGUCUAACAAGUACGCAGUGGCCGGUACUCUUAAGAAUAGGGGUCAGAAACCGAAAACCGAUAAUACGAAUGAGGGCCAAUGGAGAGAAUUGAAAGAGGCAGUUUAUCCAAAAACUUACCAUUUCCCAAAAGACGAUAUUGCUAUUGUGUUCCUUUUGCAAGAUUUCAAAUAUAAUAGCAACGUGGGCCCCAUUCCCUACGCAAAGCAGUACGCCGACUACAAAGGGAAGUGUCUGGUCUCUGGCUACGGUCAAACUGUAUCGACUGGCACCGCAAGGUCAGAUAAGUUACUUUUAGCACAUCUGGAAAUUGUACCUAGAAGUAUAUGUAACCGUAAACAUUUUAGAAAUAUGCGCCAUUUUGUCUGUACUUCUAGUGUGGUUACGGACGUUGGAAAGGGUGAUUCUGGUGGUCCAUUAGUUUGCAAGGGGACCGGUGAUCCCAACGAAAAAGGCGCCGGCGUGUUGGUGGGAAUCGUCAGCGGUCAUCGAGUGCGAGUAGGAUCAUUUUUUACAAGAGUUUCAUCUUUUUAUAAAUAUAUAGAAAGGAACAAAUCGUGUUCAAUCCACAAAAGUAUUUCGCAUUUUGUUCAUGUUAUAAUUAUAUUGGCGCAAUUUUUAUCUCUUUGAUUUUGUUUCAUUUCA